CCCCGCCCCGCCCCGACGCAGCUGCUCAAUUAACCGCGGUGCGAAACAGCUCCAGCCGCAGUCGGGCACCUCGUCUUCUACCUGGGACCAUGGGCCGGUCGCGCGCGCCGGGGACUCGGCCGCCGCCAUCGCCGCCGCCGCUGCUGCUGUCACUACUGUCGCUGCUGCUGCUGCUGUUCCCGGCGGUGCGGGGUGACUGUGGCCCACCUCCUGAAAUACCUAAUGCCACACCAUCAUCGGGUGGAAAAACCAGUUUUUCCGUGGGUGAAGCCGUAUUCUAUAAAUGUAAUGAUGGCUUUCAAAAUAUCCCAGAUAAGCCAGCCACAGUGACCUGUCUUGAAAAUGGCAGUUGGUCAAGCUUCGAAACAUUCUGUAAUAAAAGCUGUGGUGGUCCACCAGUGGUGUCUUUUGCAGUCCCCAAAAAGGAAUUUAUCAGUAUGAAUUAUUUCCCAGUUGGCACUGUUGUGAAAUAUGAGUGCCUGGCAGGAUAUUACAGAGUUUCUGCAGCCCCAGCAACGUCAACUUGCCUUGCGAACUUGGAAUGGACCAAAGUGAAUGAAGCUUGUAAAAAAAAGCGAUGUCCUAAUCCCGGAGAAUUACCAAAUGGCCACAUUGACACAUCACAGGACAUAUUAUUUGGUUCAGAAAUAGUCUUCUCGUGCAACACAGGGUACAGGCUAGUUGGUUCAGCCUCUAGUUACUGUGUUCUUGAUGAAAACACUCUUCACUGGAGCGACCCAUUGCCGCAAUGCGUAGUAAUUCAUUGCCCAGACCCACCAAAAAUCGACAAUGGAGAAAUAAGAGAGGAGAGUGACUUUUAUAUAUAUAGUCAGGUUGUCACCUACGUGUGUGCCAAAGGCUUCAUCUUGGUUGGAAACAGCUCGAUUUAUUGUACUGUGAACAAUGAUGUGGGGCAAUGGAGUGACCCACCACCCAAGUGCACAGAGAAAUCCAAGAUCCCAACAACACCUCGGAAACCAACAACAGUUCAUGUUCCAAGUACAAGAGUCCCACCCACGCCUCAGAGACCCACUACAGUUAAUGGUCCAGGUACAACAGUCUCACCAAAAACUCAGAGACUCACCACAGUUAAUGUUGUAGAUACAACGGUCUCGCCAAAACCUCAGAGACCCACCACAGUUAAUGCUCCAGGUACAAAAAUCUCACCAAAACCUCAGAGACACUCUACAGUUAAUGGCUCAGGUAUAACAGUCUCACCCAAACCUCAGAGACAUACCACAGUUAAUGUCGCAGGUGCAAGAGUCUCAUCCAAACCUCAGAGACAUACCAAAGGGAAUAUUCCAUCUACAACAGCCCCACUAAUACCUCAGAAAGCCAACACAGCAGAUGUCCCAGCUACAGAAAUCCCACCAACACCUCAGAAAGCCAACACAGCAGAUGUCCCCGCUACAGAAAUCCCACCAACACCUCAGAAAACCAACACAGCAGAUGUCCCAGCUACAGAAAUCCCACCAACACCUCAGAAAACCAACACAGCAGAUGUCCCAGCUACAGAAAUCCCACCAACACCUCAGAAAACCAACACAGCAGAUGUCCCAGCUACAGAAAUCCCACCGGCAUCUCAGAAAACUAAUACAGCAGAUGUCCCAACUUCACAAAUUCUCCUAACACCUCAGAAAGCCAACACAGCAGAUGCCCCAGCUACAGAAAUCCCACCAACACCUCAGAAAGCCAACACAGCCGAUGCCCCAGCUACAGAAAUUUCACCAACUCCACAGAAAUCCAUCACAGCAAAAAGUUCAAUCACAAAACCAACAACAGCUCAGAUGUCCCCCACAUCAGUUACUAUAUCUGCAAAAACCCUCCUGGUAACCCAGAAUCCCACCACAGUUUACUCUCCUGCUGUAAAAACUACACAAACAACCCAGAGAUUUGCCACAGCAAAACCUCUGUUGACACAGAGUCUGCCAGCGACACAGAGGGCCACCACUUCACACUUCCCAAUGACCAAGGGUCUCCAGAUAGUUACCCAAAGGCUCACUUCUGCUCGUAUUACAGUGACGCCAGAUGUACCUGCUACCAAGAUAACGGUACAUCAUCCAACGAGAACAUCCAAAGACAAAGAAAAGCCUUCCUCAGGUGCUGACCAUCUUAUAUAUGGGCGUACAUGUUUAAUAACCUUGACAGUUUUGCAUGCGAUGCUAUCACUCAUUGGCUAGUUGACUUAGCCAAAGAAGAGUUAAGAAGAAAGUGUACACAACCACUGAGAAUACUUCUAGUUUGUUAGAAUGCCCAUGAGGAAUGGAUACAAUAAAUGUAAUAGUAUUUUUUUAUAUGCUAUCGCUGUCUCUAAGGUGUGUGAGGAAAGUUAACAAAGGACGAGGAAACGAUUUUGUCUGUAAUGGUAUCUCGAUGCACAUAAGUCUAUUGAAAAUAUUUCAGAACUGAAAAAAUUCACAACAUUGAAUGCUCUCUUUUCUAAAAGGUGUGGGAAAUGUGGACAUUUUUCAUGCUUAGAAUGGUGGUAUGGGGAAACGGAAACCAUGAUUUCUUUGGCCAGCCCUAUCAUGUUAUUCUAAAACUAUUAAUUAGAUUGCAAAAGUAGAAUAAAGACCCCCCCAAACUAAAUUUCCUUUCUUCUAAGCAAAAUUGCCACAGAGAUGGAACAUUCUAAUUUAACCUGUGACCUGAAGGUGUUUUCAUUUUCAUUCUCCAUGAAAAAUGGAUUGGCAAGAUGUCCUAAAGGAAGAGCAUGCUAACAAACUAGUGGAAGGAGGGUUGGGAAAGUAGCUGACGUGGUGGAGCGCUUGCUUACCAUGCGUGAAUCCCCCAGUUCCUCCCUCAGCACACAUUCGUAAUCCCAGUACUUGGGAGGUGAAGGUAUAAGGGUCAGAAGUUAAAGGUCAUUCCCUGUAACCUAGUGAGUUUCAGGC